CAGGCUAAUUAAAGUUGCGACAAAACGAAAACCAGUCGCCAGUUGUCCGCCAGUUCCCCACGGAGCGAUUGCACUAGCUGCACGGCUUGGAGUGCUUGUAAUCGCAGAGAAAGUCCCGAGAGAAAGAAAAGUUGAAAACUAUACAUCCUUGUUCUGCACAACCACCGGGUAGCACAAGGCAAAUAUGUCCUGCAAUGAGAAAACAGCGCUGCUGGCAACGCAACAAGGACAUCAGCAGCAGCAGCAGCAGCAGCAGCAGCAGCAGCAGCACAUCAUUGUCGUGCCUGCGACGCGGAAGGAUCCAAAGGACUAUGAGCCCCUUUUCACAACUGCUGAUUAUUCCUACGGCCUGACCCUGGAGGAGCUGCUGCCCUUCGCGCUGGAUCCCUGGUGGCAGAAUGUGCGGCGCCUCAGCUGCGGAGUCCUGGGACUGGCCUUCCUGCUGACCCUCAUCGCCGCCCUGUCGCUGGCCUAUUCGGGCAGUCGGUCAGUCUGUGAGGCAAAUAGAGCAAUUAGCGGCAACUCGACAGCGGCUACGCUGGCCACCCCAUUGGCCUUGCUCUCCAACGGCACUCAGCUGCUGAUGGCCAGUUUGUAGCUGCCAUCGGCUAAUCUCUGGAUCAUUUUGGAGAUGCUGCAAUCCCCCAGCCAGAAUUGCAUCAGCUGCGUCAAGCACGCACACUCGCAUUUGUUUGGCUGGGCUUUUCUUCACGCCUUUACCCCAGUUGCCAACCGGGCGAUAAGCUAUGCACCGCGGUACCGACUGAUUGUGGGGCAAUUGUGUUUGCCUGCAAGCUGAUUACUCUAAUUGAUUUUCGAAAAUAAAAUGUUAACAUCUUUUAUAUUUUAUAUUUCAGGAAACGUUUAAUCAAAUAAAAUCGUAGGCACAAUGCUUAGAAUAAUUUAA